UUCCAUCUUUGGAGGGUCUGAAAAACACCAGACAUCAUCAACAUCGUCAUCGGAUCAUCUACAGUUCGAGCUUAUAAAAUCUUUGAAAAACAAAACCAUUAAAAGUAUGGUUGUAGCCACAUGGUUCCCGCCAUUCUUAGACGGGCUGAUAUUCGCAAUCGGCGUUCCAGGAAACUAUCUCGUCAUCAAGGUGUUCUCCAAACGUCAUCCCCAUCUCCACGUGCACGCCUUGAUCAUCGGGCUAGCGCUGGCCGACCUCAUGGUCUGUGUAUGCCGAAUGGUCAUCAUGUAUAUCUUUAUUGUUGUCGACCCACACGUCCAAAACGACGCCGCCAUAAUGCGCUGCCGGAUCUCAGAUGCGUCUCUUCAUUUCUCUAUCUACAUGUCCUUGUUUCUUCUGACCUUGAUAGCCACGGACCGGUACACUGCCUGCCGUGUACCCAGGGGGUUCAGACGGCGGAGUGUCAACCAAUGGAAGACGAAGUUUGUUAUAGUUCUUUCUACUACGAGUGCAUUGAUACUAGCGUGUGCCUUCACUCUACCGGCGGAGUACAAACUCCUUGAAGAAGAUGGUGACCAACACCACUGCAUCAUCGUAUCGCCGCGAUGGCUAACAAACGUGAGACUGUUUUCGCUUCUCGCGGCGACUGCUGUAGCUUUUCUGGUUACCUUUUGGCUGUACCUAGCCUUGUUUCGAGCCGUUAGACGCAGGACCCGCGUCAGCGUGGAUGGUCACAGCAGACCUUCUCUGAGUCUCAUCAGUGCUGCCACUCAAGUUUCUCUCAUGUUGCCGCAUAAUUUUCCCGCAUCUGAUCUAAGAGCACACCCCUCGCUGGCCGCCACGGCACCGCCCGGCAUUGAAAUGAAUGAAGUGGCCACAACGUCAUUCCAACGAACCGAGAACAGCCUACCAUCAUCAGUCUCAUCAAAUGACGCAUCGCGUCUAAAUCUAACAUCAAAGGCCCCUGGUCGGCAGCAGGAAAAUCGCCACAACAACAAACCCCGGGUGAAAUUCGACGAUCUGCAAACGAGGGUACGAUGCCGUGAUGAGUACCGGCUGUCUGAAUUACUUAAGUACCCUCGGCGGCCGCGGCCAACUACCAACCAAUUCAACUCCGGCAUCAUCCGAAUGGCAUUUGCCAAAUCGUUACUGUUCUUCGCGACGUGGUUACCAGUCCUGCUUCUCCAAACAAAGCACGAUUUUUUCCGCGCUGGUCUUUCGCAAGACGAAGAUACUUGGCCAAGUGUUGCUCUUAACCUAGUCCUGAUUAAUUCGGCUGUGACUGUACUAAUAUUCUUACUUGUUAGUCGUCGAUUUAGAGAAGUUUUUAAGGAGUCAUUUCACAGCAUCAGAUGUUUCUGGGAACCACGUUUCGAGAGGGCAUUCCACCCGUCGUACUUGAACCGUUAUUCAAAAUGA